UUUUCGUUCUCCAAGAUGUCUCAAGCUACCUUUUCCUUGCUACUACUACUCUCCAUCCUCUGCUUAGCAGCCGGCACAGCCGAGUCUGCCGGAGUCCGUAACCGAUCUAGUUCAAUCGAAUACAUAAAGAGCUCAUGUAGCACCACUCGAUACCCAACCCUUUGCGUGCAGACACUCUCACCCUACGCCAACAAAAUCCAACCGAAUAACGCUCUGCAGUUGGCCCAGGCAGCUCUGUCAGUUAGCCUUUCAAAGUCCAGAUCCGCAUCAUCUUACGUGUCUAAGAUGUCUCGAUUGAAGAGUUUGAAGGCGAGAGAGUACCAAGCCAUGAAAGACUGCGUAGACAACAUGAGCGACAGUGUGGAUCGGCUUAGCAGGUCAAUUAAGGAGAUGGGACAGACGAGUCAAACGACGAGUCAGAGCGAUUUUUCGUGGCACAUGAGCAAUGUUCAGACUUGGGUUAGUGCCGCACUCACUGAUGAUAACACCUGUGUUGAUGGGUUCUCAGGGCAUUCCAUGGAUGGGAAUGUUAAGACUGCUAUUACGAACAGAGUCACCACCGUCGCACAAGUCACCAGCAAUGCUUUGGCCUUGAUCAAUCGUUAUGCUUCCAGUCACUGAGUUCUUGAUCUUGGUUUUGGUUUUGGUUUUGGUUUUUGUU